GUGGCAAGGUGCGUUCCUUUUGACGCAAAUUCGACGCAGUGAAUUGCCCGAUUUCAGGAGUCUGAGUGUCGGACAGCGUUCACUCUGAAUUUGCGUUGGUAUUCAGCAGAAAUCUGGCUUCGGGUGGAUGUGUGCAUCGUUCAAUGAAACGAUGCUGUCAGCCUCAGAGGAGGCGAGUGGAUGACAAGGACUGCUGAAAAUGUGUGGAUAAGUCAAGAUGGAGUGAAGAAACUUUCAGCUAAAUGACAAAUUCUUGCUCGAAUUCAGUGUGUGGACUAAAGAAACAGUCAAACAGUCACUUCUGAGAUUUAUUUCUGCACCAAGUUGUGAUUAAUCGCCUGGUCGAGAUGAGCAAUACUCUGUCACCAUGAAGCUUCUGCGAUUCAUUAUUUUGUGCGGAUUUCUGAACACUCAAAUCAAUGGAUCUCGUCUCCGUCAGGAGGACUAUCCCCCACGGAUUGUGGAGCAUCCGUCAGACCUGAUCGUGUCGAAGGGUGAGCCGGCCACGCUGAACUGUAAGGCCGAGGGCCGUCCGGCACCCACUGUCGAGUGGUAUAAAGACGGUGAGCGUGUGGAGACAGACAGGGACAACCCACGCUCGCACCGUAUGCUCCUACCUAGUGGCUCACUCUUCUUCCUGCGCAUCGUGCACGGCCGCCGCAGCAAACCCGACGAUGGCAGUUACGUGUGUGUGGCCAGGAACUACCUGGGGGAAGCGGUCAGCCACAACGCUUCACUGGAAGUGGCCUUCCUGCGUGAUGAUUUCCGGCAGAACCCUCAGGAUGUGGUAAUAGCAGUAGGAGAAUCGGCUACGUUGGAGUGUCAGGCUCCUCGGGGCCACCCGGAACCCACCACUUUCUGGAGGAAGGAUAAAGCUCGACUCGAUUUGAAAGACGACAGGAUUACUAUUCGAGGCGGGAAGUUGACCAUCUCCAACACCAGAAAGAGUGAUGGGGGGAUGUAUGUGUGUGUGGCUGCCAACAUGGUGGGGGAGAGGGAGAGCGAGAUGGCUCAACUCUCUGUGUUUGAGCGGCCUACAUUUGUGCGCAGGCCCGUGAACCAGGUGGCGUUAGUGGACGAGAGCGUAGAAUUCAGAUGCCAGGUGCAGGGAGAUCCCCCUCCGUCACUGCGCUGGAGGAAGGACGAGGCCGAGAUUCCCCGCACCAGGUACGAGAUGAAAUACGAAAAGGACGACUUUGUCUUGAGGAUAAAGAAAGUGUCUUCUGGGGACCAGGGAAGCUUCACGUGUGUUGCAGAGAACAGAGUGGGCAAAGUGGAAGCAUCUUCUACGCUCACAGUCAGGGAGGCACCCCAGUUUGUCGUGAGGCCCCGGGACCAGAUUGUGAUGCAGGGACGCACCGCUACCUUCCCGUGCGAGGCCAAGGGAAACCCGCAGCCUGCCGUGUUCUGGCAGAGAGAGGGAAGCAAGGACCUGCUUUUUCCAAAUCAACCUGCCCAGGCAGGAAGUCGCUUCUCAGUGGCUCAGAAUGGAGAUCUGAGCAUCACUUCGGUCCAGCGAUCAGACGCAGGCUACUACAUCUGCCAGGCUCUCACAGUGGCUGGCAGCAUCCUGGCGAAGGCCCAGCUGGAGGUGUCUGAUGCUUUAAAAGACCGCCCACCACCUAUUAUUCAGCAUGGGCCAACAAAUCAGACAGUGGCAGUGGGCACCCUGGUGGUUCUGGGCUGUAGGGCAUCUGGAGAGCCUGAGCCCACGGUCACUUGGCUGAAGGACGGAGUGAGUCUGCUGUCUAAAGAACCUCGAUUGUCCCUACUGGAAGCAGGAAGUCUGCAGAUCCAGAAUGUUAAGCUCUCAGACUCAGGUCUGUACACCUGCUUGGCCACCAGCUCAAGUGGAGAGACGUCAUGGAGCGCCUUCUUAGACGUCAGAGAGUCUGCUGAGCUCACAGACUCUGUAUCGCACAACGCCACAGCUCUCCCGGGGCCACCUUCUAAGCCGCAGGUGACUGAUGUCACCAAGAGCAGCGUGUCUCUGUCAUGGCGUCCUGGACCAGAGGACGCCUCCCUUGUGACUGCCUAUGUCAUAGAGGCCUUUGGCCAGCUGGUGAGUAACAGCUGGCAGACUGUAGCCGAUCACGUGAAGGACACGCAGUACACUGUCAGAGAGCUCCGACCAAACACCGUCUAUGUCUUCAUCAUCAGAGCGAUGAAUGCACAGGGGGUGGGAGACCCGAGUGCCAUGUCCGAGCCUGUCCGCACCCAGGAUAUCAGUCCAGCUGUGCAGGGUGUCGAUCACCGUCAAGUGCAGAAGGAGCUGGGUGACGUCAUUGUAACCAUGCACAACCCCAUAGUGCUGAGCUCCACCUCUGUGAGGGUGACAUGGGCGGUUGAGAAACCUUCUCAGUUCAUCCAAGGAUACCGUGUUCUGUACAGACAAACCUCAGGCCUACCCUCUCCAGGAGCCUGGCAGAUCCAGGACCUAAAGUCUUCAUCAGAGCGUGACAUCACUUUACAUGAACUCAAAAAGGGUGUGGUCUAUGAGAUAAAGGUUCGCCCUUUUUUCAACGAGUUCCAGGGAGCCGAUAGCGAAUCCAUCACUGCACGCACUUUGGAAGAAGCCCCCAGUGCUCCUCCACAGCAGGUGACGGUGAUGAUGGUAGGCAGUGAGAACAGCACGUCUAUCAGCAUUUCUUGGGAUCCGCCACCCACCGAACACCAGAACGGCAUCAUCCAGGAAUACAAGAUAUGGUGUUUAGGAAACGAAAGCCGCUUCCACGUGAAUAAGACUGUGGAUGCUGCCAUUCGCUCGGUGGUGGUUGGGGGUCUGCAGGCUGGCGUACAGUAUAGAGUGGAGGUGGCAGCGGGCACCAGCGCAGGCAUCGGGGUGAAAAGCGAACCACAGACUAUUGUGAUUGGUGCUGAGUUGCAGGAUGUGAUGACUGGGGAUGAGGGCAGCGGCAGCAUCACAGAUGUCUUGAAGCAGCCGGCCUUCAUCGCAGGACUGGGGGGCGCAUGCUGGAUUGUGCUCAUGGGUUUCAGCGCUUGGCUCUACUGGAGGAGGAAGAAGAGGAAAGGCCUGAGCAACUACGCAGUCCAGUCGUUCACCUUCACUCGUGCAGUGACGUUUCAACAUGGAGACAGAGGCCUGAUGGGAAGUGGAAGUCGUCCUGGUCUGCUGAAAGCCGGUGACCCUGGCCUCCCUUGGCUAGCUGACUCCUGGCCGUCCACCAGCCUGCCUGCCAACAGUGGUUUGGGCGCUCCCAAAGACCUCACUAACUUUGGUCGUGGAGACGUGCUGCCUGCUGGUGCCGGCGAAAAGACAGGCACCAUGCUGUCGGAUGGUGCCAUCUACAGCAGCAUCGACUUUGCUGGCAAGGCGGGCUACAGUAGCCCAGGCAGGGGAAACCACGCCAGCCCCUAUGCCACCACCCAGAUCCUGCAGUCCAACAGCUUCCAUGAGCUGGCAGUGGAUCGUCCUGAGCCGCGCUGGAAGGCCUCGCUGCGAGCACAGCAUGAAAUGCCAAGCCUGGGCUACUCACUCACGGAAAACCGUUCCUGUGCCAACGGGGGAAAGAACGGGAAGAAGAAAAAAUCGAAAGGAGGCGGUAAAACAGCAAAGCCUAAUGGCUCCUGCUGGGCUAACUUGCCCCUGCCUCCACCACCCAUGAAUCCUCUUCCAGGGACAGAGAUGGACCACUAUGCCCCUGAACAUCGAUCUGAAGGAGGGUAUGAGAGCGACACCUGGGCUCCGCCCCUCCCUGUUCAGUCUUACUUACACCAGGGCAUGGAGGAUGAACUCGAGGAGGAAGAACGUGUUCCCACUCCACCCCUGAGGGGCGUGGCUUCAUCUCCAGCAGCUUUGCCCUAUGGGCAGAGUUCCUCUGGCUCAUUGGGGUCCUCUCAUCAUGAGGAAAUGCAGUCUAUGCUCCAGGCCCAUCUGGAUGAGCUUACCCGCGCCUACCAGUAUGAGGUGGCCAAGCAAAGCUGGCAUCUGAAAAGCAGCUCCAAUCCACCCAAGACCCCUGCCCCUCCCAUGGGCUACGUGUCCAGUACAUUAGGAUCAGACAUCUUGACUGAAGGAGAGGAUGAAGAGGGAGACAGUAAAGGCUAUGAGUUGUCCCGACAGCUGUGUGGAAUAGACUAUUCCCCAGGAUGCAGCCUGGAAACCGUGGAAGGAGCGAUCACAGGACACCAAUACUCUCACCGAACCCAGGCAAGCAGUGCCAGCUCCAUUGACGGAGGACUUCUAGCGACUCAGAGCCUUGGCCAUCAACGGAUAUCACAGCCUGCGCAAAAACUGCGAGUAGAGACACCAGCAACUGAACCUCACAGGAGAGUUGACGUUGCUGAUGUGCGAACUCCCUCCUCAGAGCCACUGCACAGCAUCGGUGCACGGUUACAUACUUCCUGGGGUUCUGUAGGCUCUGAUGCUCCUGAUGAGUGUGUGGUGUCUACGCUGGAGCGGCAGCACGCAGCUAACUGGAGCUCCAGAGGCACGCUGGGCUGCAUCUCACAGCGACGGUCCAGCACGGAUCAAAGGGACUCUGCAGGACGAGCAUCAGGCAGCACCGACGCCAGCUACGGACAUCUAUAGAGCCGUGUCUAAGAGAUAAGCCAGACUACUCACUGCCCACGCGACUGAAAGCGAGGACGAGAGAGAGCAAGAGAGAUUCAUUGUUCACCCCUACAAUGUCCAAUGAGCUUCUCCCCCCGGUGUUACACGAGGCGAUUUUUUUUUACCUCAGAGACCAACACUGAACUGUGAAGCUAAUGUACAGACACACAGUCUCCCGAUGGUGUUCAGCUUGCGGUUUGCUUCUUUGUCUAACUUACGACGAAACGUCACGUGUCCCGCCCAUUUUGUGCCACAAAAUGUGCAUCACUUGGAAAAAAAAUCCCAAGAAAGAUGUUUUUGCUUUGCUCGUUGGCUUUUUGAAAUCCGAAAUGUAAAUCACAUAAAAGGGAGGUGUAUUUCUUGUAAAUAGCUUUCUUUUUUUUUAUUUGAUGUUGCUUUGCUAUGCAAACCAAAAUCUGUUUUUUUUGUAAAUUAUUAUUUGUCUCUUAAUGGUCUUUAUAACAUUGUGAAUGGAUAAAAUGUGGUGUCAUGAUUUUUUUUUUCUCCAUUAAUGAAUCGACUGAUUUCUUAUAGAGAAUUGUUUGAUUUGCACAUUCUUUGGUGAUAAGCACAAAAAUCUUCAGCGCCUGCUGAUGUGGAGAGAGAAAGAUAAUGCUAAGGAUGUGCUAGCAAGUAUAUUUGUACGAGUCUGGACAGCAGGCUAAAACAGAGAUUUAGGACGGAAGCGUCCGCAGAUAGAGAUGUAUUAUUACUGAAAUGUUGCGGGGGGAUUUAUGCUUAUGGAAUUUAUGCUUGAAUGUUGGGAGAGAAUCAUAGUCAAGCAUACAAGACUAAUAAAUGCCAGCUGAGCAGGCCUAAUGCAAUUGCCUGCCCCUAGUUAUUUGUGUCAUAUGUUGAGUGGACAGAAUGCUCUAUUGCAGUUUUUUGUGAAUGUUUUUUUUUCCUUCUACAUAUCACAACUAUUUACAGACACGCGUGCAUCCAGCUCACUGCAAGAUAUUUAUAUAUAUAUAUCUAUAUCUAUAUAUCUAUAUCUACAUAUAUUUCCAAGGGACAAUAUGUGACUUUUCUUUGUUUCUUAGGAUUGAAACCAUAAAUAUCCAGAUCCUAAAAAAUGAUAAUGUCACACUGGAUCAUCCUCCACGUGAGUGAAACCGUAAUGAAGGUAGCAGUUGGCAGCUGCUCGUGCUCGGCCCUGAGCAGGUGUUUUUAACCUGUGCAAAUGGAAGUGGGUUAAAACAGGUGGGCUGAAAUUUUGAUGAGGGGAAAAAUACUAAACAGACAGGAACGUUGCCCUUGAAAUCGCUCCCCUCUUUUUUUUUGGCAGCAUUCCCAGAUCUGUCCUCAAUUAGCAUGGUUAUUUAAUAUUAUGCUGUUCAGAAAGCCAUUGUAAAAACCGAAAUCAAUCGUUUGUCACAUAUGUUUAAGCUAGAGUGCUACUCUGUAAAUGAAACCGUUUUCAGUAAACGUCAGUGGUUCAUAAAUGGAAAUGUUUGCUCAGCUCAUGAGCUUCCAGGGCUGAGAAAAGCUGAGCCUAAGAGACAGUUUUCUCGUCUGUAUGGCAUUUCUCUGACAAAUUUUUUUAAAGCAUUUUAUUUAUUUAUUUAUUUAUUUUGUGAUGUGCAUUUGCUCCACAUGUACAUAAUAUCUAACCUGCCAGAUUCGUUCU